UCUCCCUCUAACUGCUCACCUGUUCUUAACUGUCUGCUAUCACCAUCUAUACUACCAUGUGGUUAGAGACACACUGCAAGAAUAUCCGCCAAGCCUUGUUGCUUCUUUUCACUGUUGGUCUUCUCACUGGGGUUACCAUGCUGGCCAUUUCAUCUAACAUCAAUCCAGUAGGUUAUUUCUUCCUAGGGGUAGGGGGAGUGUGCCUGGUCGGCUAUUUGCUGAGUGUGUUUGUCGAGUGUUACCUGAAGAAUCGGCACCGACAUGAUGCAAAUGAGACACCUCCAAACAGACAAAGCCAGGCAGGGGUGAAUGCUGCUUAUGAAGCACCCACCUAUGAGGAGGUGAUGACCAUGUCAGUUCCAGCAGUUUGGACAACUACAUCCAGCCCAGGUUUUGUGCCCUCACCACUGAAUGAGCCUCCUCCAUACAAUGUUGUUGUUGAAUUAUCUGCCCAAGAAGAGAUUAUGGUGGAGGCCCUCAGCGAGCCAGUGGCAUCAGAAACAAGGAACACCUCUGAGACAGCCAUAGACUCCAGGAUACAGUUGCACCUAGUGCUGCCCCCAAGACUGCAGCGGUUUGUUUCAGAUAUCCAUGAAGUGAAAGGUAUUGAAGAGAGGUGUGAUCCACUGGAGCCACUCACUCCACCACCUGGUUAUGAGAUCGCCAUCAACAAUGAGGUCUUUGAAGAUGCUUUCCAGCCCUCUGUACUAUGAUUAAUGUCACCUUCCAUGAAAGCAGAACCAAACCCUCACCCUUAGGCAGGUUGUUCCUGCAGGGAAGAUGAAAAAGCUGAGAUUGUUCAAGCAUGAAACUAUACGAGUUGGCCUCACCAUUCCUGGAACCAGAGCUGAACUCCAGACAAAGCUUCUGAUCUCACUAGAGUAUUUUUUGCACAAAAUACAUUUUAAUGCAAUACCACAAUCCUUUGUCUUGAAAUAUAUGUAAAACCACUGUAAGGAACAUUGUACUAUAUAUGACAACAAUUGUCAAACUGGAGAUACAUCUUUGCAGAGGAGGAGAAUGAACCAUGAGCAGAGACCAGGUUGCCAAAGGAUCUGUGAAGAAGGACAUAGGAUGCAACCAGGAGAAGCACUGCUGGAGGGUGUAUUUCUCUGCUGUACCACAGCCCCAGACAGAUGGCUUGUCAUCAUGACAAGUAAUUGCACGGAAAGGUCAGUGCUCCCCCAGUUCUCUGUAACCACACCAUGCACAGAGAUUUAUCUCUGGGCUCUGGAAAGGGUCAGUCUGUCA